CUGAAACCUAGUUUCUUGGGAUUAUGCGUCGAACCGCUUGCCAAAAAGGUCGACAAAUCAACCAUUCUAUACAUAAAUGGUGACGUCACUAUGUUAUUGUCAGAAAGACCGGUGUGUACACAAUGGCAAAUCAACUAUCGUUGUAAACAUCACGAGAGAUGUAGCAUGCUAUGCGUCAUUGCGGAUGUGCGACGCCCUCGGCUAUCCAACAUUAUGGAUUGUUUAAGUUAAUUGAAAACGGCUUAUAAUGUAUAUCGGAGCAGAAUGAUUCAGUGACUUUUAAUAAAAUCGUGUGAUAUUUAGUUUUAUAUCGAACAACGUAACGUUUACAUCUGACGAUGACCACAUUUACUAUACAUUCAACAAAUUGAAAACAAAGAGGCAGUCGUGCGGGAUGCGACAGCAAGAGGGAAACAUGACAUAGAAUCGGUCGUAAUGGAUGAUAAAGACACUUUAAUAAUAUCAAACACAGAGACAGGUGUGCAAGAACUCUCAGAACAGACAGCAAGAGAGAAAAAGGACAUAGAAUCGGUCGUUAUGGACGGCAAAAACACACUUUAAUAUCAACCACAGAUACAGGUGUGCGAAAAAUGUCAAAAUAAACAGCAAGCGUGAAACAAUGACACUUUAAUAUCAAACACAAUUGAAGGUAUGCGGGAACCGACAGAAUAGACAGCAAGAGGGAAACAUGACAUACAAUCGGUCGUAAUGGACGGCAAUGACACUUUAAUAUCAGUCACAGGUGAAGGUGCGAGGGAACUGACAACACAAACAGCAAGAGGGAAACAUGACAUACAAUCGGUCGUAAUGGACGGCAAUGAUACUUUAACAUCAACAACAGGUGAAGGCGUGCGGGAACUGACAACACAGACAGCAAGAGGGAAACAUCACAUAGAAUCGGUCAUAAUGGACGGCAAUGCCACUUUAAUAUCAAACACAGGAGAAGGUGUGCGGGAACUGACAACACAGACAGAAAGAGGGAAACAUGACGUAGAAUCGAUCGUAAUGGACGGCAACGAUACUUUAAUAUCAAACACAGGUGAAUGUGAGUGGGAACUGACAGCACAUACAGCAAGAGAGAAAUUUGACAUAGAAUCGGUCGUAAUGGACGGCAAUAACACUUUAAUAUCAACCACAAUUGAAUGUGUUCGGAAACUGACGGCACAGACAGCAAGAGUGAAACAUGACAUAGAAUCGGUCGUAAUGGACGGCAAGGCUACUUUAAUAUCACACACAGGUGAAGGUGUGCGGGAACUGACAACACAGACAGCAAGAGGGAAACAUCACAUAGAAUCGGUCGUAAUGGACGGUAAUGACACUUUAAUAUCAACCACAGUGGAGGGCGUGCGGGAACUUAGAGCACAGACAUUUAUAGGUAGAUGUGUCAUACAAUCGGAUUUAAAGGCAUGUAAAGAGGAAAUGUUGGCUCAAGCGGACAUUGAAAAAAGGAAAAUCAGAGAUUUGAAAGCAAAUGAUGACGAGUUUGAGUAUUUGAAAGGAAAAGAAAUGUUGCAAUAUAUGAUGGUGAAUUAUUACGACAAGACACUAAGUUACGUUCCAACCUCAGCAUUGAAUAACUGGGUCCAAGCUAGGGUAGUUGACAUUUACAUGCCACCAAAUUUGAGCCUGAUGGUGAAAGACAAAGACAGUGGAAUCUUCAAGAAAACGGCUACAUCAAUUCAUCAAUACAGCAAUAUGUUUUUGAACGAUGGUAAAUACAACCGAAACAUUUUCAUUCAAGGCGAGGCAGGUUCUGGUAAAUCCACAUUUCUCGCCAAAUUAGUUAUGGACUGGAUACAAACAACAAAUUCAGUCAAAUGGAUCGAGAUGGAUUACUCAAACACUGCCGAUGCCGAUACACGAGUGAUAUCCGCUAAUUUCUUUAAAGAUGUAACGACCCUGAAAGAAUACACGUUCGUCUUCCAUGUCACUUUACGGGAUUCAGUUAACGAGUUUAUAAUUUUACAGAUGAUUAAAGAACAAAUAAUUGACCAAAUAUGGAGCGAUAAGAAAGAUUAUGUACAAACUACUCAAUGAGAUCAUGAAACGUGAAUGCUGCUUGAUAUUACUGGAUGGUCUAGAUGAGUGGACCGACAAUGCAGGCCAUAUCCUGCCGGCAUUGGCUGUAUCUCACAGCCAGUGUGAUGUGUUAAUUACAACUCGACCUUGGAAAGUGUCAGAAACGGAAAUCCCAGACCAGAAGAUUAGCUCGCUGUUGCAACUGGAAGGAGUAAACGAGCCUUUUGAGAUAAGCAGAAGACUGCUGGGUUGUAGGGAUGAUUGUAAAGAUAGUAAGGAUUUGGACAAAAAGCAAUCUGAAUUUAAAUCGUACAUAUUGAAGAACGACUUGAGAAAGUUUCUAAUUUCGCCAAUGCUAUUACAGUUGAUAUUGCAGUCAUGGGUUAAAGGGAUUGAAAUGAACGGCUCCACGUGUGAAAUAUACAGCCUCUUCCUGGAAAGUCUUCUUAAGAAGGCAAACAAGAAGAAAAGAAAAUUUCAAUCGCCACCCUUCAAAUGCUUCAAAGACACUGAACACAUACAGCCCAAUAUUGAAAUUGUGGAUCGUCUUGCUGAGGCGGCAUUCCAUUUGUUGUUUUCAAAUACCAGAGAAAGCUCACUAGUGUUUAGCUCUACAGAUUUGGAGCGAUUUGAAUUAGAUGAAGGAGAACGAAAGGAGUUUGCAUUAAAAUCCGGUAUUUUAUCGGCAACACGAAAGGCGUCUGCAUUGCGAUCAUCAUCUUCAUUUUCCUUCAUUCAUAAGAGCAUACAGGAAUUCCUCACUGCUUAUUAUAUCGCCUGCAAUAACCAUCUGAUUGAUACUUGGUUCAUCGUUUCCGGUUAUCUCAACCGUUACAAGGAUGCAUAUAUGGACAUUUCACAGAUGUUCAUAUUCCUUUGUGGACUGGAAAUAUCAGCUGCGAAUAAGCUAUCUAGCUUGAUGAAUGAAUGCGAUCUUCAUUCGCGUAAUCAUAAGUUUCCAAACAUCAUACUGUCAGGAUACAGAGAAACUGUUGCGAAUAAGCAUUCUGACGUUAACCUCCAACUCAGUAACUUUAGUUUCCAAAUACAUGUCAAUGAAAUAAGAGACCUCUACAACAUCUGGAUAAAAAACACGUCAAAUAUUAUGUCUUUGGAACUUUUCAUACAUGAGAGAGGUAUUCAGAGUUCCCCUGAAACAGGCGAGUCUGCAUCCCAUUAUGAGUUUGAUCUAUCAUCGUGUAGCAAGCUCAAAAAGUUAACACUAUGGAGCAAAAAAAUAUGUCUAAAAGGUAAAUAUUCAAUAAUAUAUUUGUAUAGCAUAUGUUUUCGUUGUGUACAGUUCGCAAAUUAAGUAUUAUUUACAGUCUGGUAAAAUGGUUAUGAUUAAAAUGUAUUACCUUAUUAAAUACUAUUUCAUACAGUAAAAAGAAGAAUAAGAUAUAAAAAC